ACAAAAUGUAUUAUAAGUAAAUUUCGAGAACUUAGUAUGAGUGUAACCAGCAAAAUUUCAUUAGCUGAGAAUGGGAUGCGCCACAACAAAGUUGUCAUAUUGGAUGCUGGUUCACAAUAUGGAAAGGUGAUAGACCGCAAAAUACGGGAACUACUUGUGGAGUCGGAAAUUUUACCGUUGAACACACCAGCUGUAAAAUUGCGUACAAAUGGUUAUAUAGGUAUAAUAAUAUCCGGUGGGCCGAAUUCUGUGUACGCUGAAGAUGCACCUAAUUAUGACCCCGACAUUUUUAAAAUAAAAAUACCUGUACUUGGUAUUUGCUAUGGAAUGCAACUUAUAAAUAAAGAAUUCGGAGGCACUGUUCACAAAAAAGCUGUACGUGAAGAUGGACAAGAAAAUAUUGAAAUCGAACCUGGUUGCCCCUUAUUCAAUCGCCUUAGUCGAACGCAAUCAGUGUUACUAACACAUGGUGAUAGUGUAGAGCGAGUUGGAGAAAAAUUAAAAGUAGGUGGUUGGUCAUCAAAUCGCAUUGUAACGGCAAUUUACAACGAGACGUUGCGAAUAUACGGUGUGCAGUUUCAUCCUGAGGUGGACCUUACAAGUAAUGGUAAGCAAAUGCUUUCAAAUUUUUUGUUCGACAUCUGCGAAAUAACACCAAGUUUUACGCUGGGGAAUCGAAGAGACGAAUGUAUUAGAUACAUCAAGGAAAAAGUUGGAAACAACAGAAUUUUGCUACUUGUUAGCGGAGGGGUUGAUUCAACUGUUUGUGCUGCUCUGUUACGUCAUUCUUUACAGCCGAAUCAAAUUAUUGCGGUCCACAUCGAUAAUGGAUUUAUGCGUAAAGGAGAGAGUGGCAAGGUCGAAAAAUCUCUACGGGACAUUGGUAUUGAUCCGUUAGUAAAAAAGGAAGCAUAUCGAUUCUUAAAAGGCACAACACAAAUUAAGAGACCUGGACAGUUCUCAAUUGUAGAAACGCCUAUGUUAUCUCAAACAUUUAACCCUGAGGAGAAACGUAAAAUUAUCGGAGAUAUCUUUGUAAAAAUUACGAACGAUAUUAUCACCGAAAUGAAAUUAAAGCCAGAAGAUGUAUUACUUGCGCAAGGCACACUUCGACCCGAUUUAAUUGAAUCUGCAUCCAGUUUAGUAAGCCAAAAUGCAGAGACUAUCAAAACUCAUCAUAAUGAUACAGAAUUAAUAAGACAAUUGCGGUACUCUGGGCGCGUUGUAGAACCUUUAAGCGAUUUUCAUAAAGACGAAGUAAGAGACUUGGGAAGGGAUUUAGGACUACCCGCUGACCUAAUUGAAAGGCAACCAUUUCCAGGACCGGGUUUAGCCAUACGGAUACUGUGUGCUGAAGAGCCUUUUAUUGAAAAAGAUUACUCAGAAACUCAGGUUAUAGCAAAAGUUAUUACAGAUUUUCAUAGCAAACUACAAAAAAAGCAUGCACUAAUAAAUCGCGUAAUUGGAUCCACUUCAGAAUUAGAGCAAAAAGAACUAAAACGAAUAUCGUCAAGCACCAAAAUCCAAGCUACAGUUUUACCAGUGCGUUCUGUUGGUGUGCAGGGUGAUAAGAGAACUUAUAGCUAUGUUGUGGGCCUUUCCAGCAAUGCUGAACCGAAUUGGAACGAUUUAUUAUUUUUAGCUAAACUGAUACCACGUAUUCUGCAUAAUGUUAAUCGUGUUUGCUUUAUAUUUGGUGAUCUUGUACAGUACCAAAUUACAGACAUAACUCAUACGACACUCAACAAUUAUGUUCUUAAUCAAUUGAGGGAAGCGGAUGCCAUAGGAAAUGAAAUAAUAAUCCAAGCGGAACUUCAUCGUAAAAUAUCACAAAUGCCCAUCGUGUUGAUUCCUGUGCAUUUUGAUAGGGAUCCAACAAAUCGAACUCCAUCAUGCUGCCGAUCGAUUGUUUUGAGACCCUUUUUAACAAAUGAUUUUAUGACGGGAGUUCCAGUAAUACCAGGAUCGAUUAAUUUGCCCACUCAAGUGCUAAACAACAUUGUACACGACAUAUCCAAAUUAGAUGGCAUCUCAAGAGUUCUUUACGAUUUGACAUCAAAGCCGCCGGGUACUACCGAAUGGGAAUGAAUUUCAUAUGCUCUUUGAUCUUGGUCGCUUUAUAAGGAACGCAGCUGCAUUUGUUUUUGUAUUUAAUGGGAUAUGUAGUUGAAGUGUCAAAAAUAUAUACAUAUAUAUUAUUUGAACGCUAU